AUGGCGGCCGAGUCAACACAAGGAGACACUCACGACAAAGCGUGGGAGAGAGCGGAGAAGAAGUUCGCACAUAAAAAUGCCAGCGAGUACUACGACCCAUGCCAAGACUUCGCAGAUCGGAGUCUCAAGUGUAUGAAACGGAAUGCCUAUGAGCGCGAAAUGUGCCACGAUUAUUUCCAGUAA